GAGUGUAGGGAAAUUCUGAUACACGAACACUGUUCAAUACCAUUGUCGACAGUACUUUGGGCAGUGUAACCCACACCCCGCAGGAGCAAUCAGUGUUAAUUUUAUUACGAACUCUACAAUAACUAUUGUUAUUUCUCCCACAAAUGGUUUAAAUUCGUACUAAAAUAAGUUAAAUUAUAAUCAUGCGUGUUUCUGGUACUCGAACAUAUUAUCGGCCGACGCCUCCUAAAAUGCCUCCUGGGCUGGUGAAUUUAAUACAAGAUUUAUCAAGGGAUGUACUGAAAAAUAAUCCUACGGAUAUUUACGGAUACUGCGCUAAUCAUUUCAAACAACUUCUCGAAAUAAGAGAUGGCCCUCUUCGAAAGAAAAAACUAACAUUAGAAGAGAAAAUUGCUAACGCCCAAGAAAAGGUAAGGCAGCGAGCAGAGCAACGAAGGCAACAAUAUGAUAAUGAGAUGCUCAAGCAACAGCGUAAUCAAGAAUCUGAAAUAAAAGCAUCAAAUAAUAACGAUACUCCAAUUCCUGUUCAAGAAACAGCUUCUAUUGAUAUUACACCACUUAUUCAUAAAGAACAGGAGUUAGUUAACUCGUCAGCAGAGCCCGUAUCGUCCGCAGAAGCUGUAUUGUCAGCAGAACCCAUAUCGUCAGCAGAAUCUGUAUCGUCAGCAGAACCUGUAUCGUCAGCAACAACAGCUGUAUCGUCAGCACCAGUUGUACCGUCAUUAGCAGCUGUAUCGUCAGUAGUAGCUCUGUCGUCAGCAGUUGGUCUAUCCUCAGCUGCAGCUCUGUCAUCAGCUGUAGUUAUAUCGUCAGCAGUUGCUUUAUCUUCAGCUGCAGCUCCAUCGUCACCAGCAGCCCAAUCGUCUGCGAUAGUCGUAGAUAAAAAUGACACACCACCUGAAGAUUAUCAAAUUUCUGAGGAAGCUAAAAACGAUAAUACUGAUUUAAAACUUGAUAUGAAAGCUGACUCUAUCUCUAAAACGGACGAAAUAAAAGGCGAUAUUUUCACCCCAGAGGCUAACAUUCCAACCAGUGAUAACCCAACUGAAAAUCCCAUAAUAGUACCGGAGACCAAGAUUAUUUCCAGUGAUGCGUCAGAAACUUUAAAUAUUAUGAAUGAACCCGUCAUAGAGGUACAAGUAAAGCCAGAUAAUCAACAGCCCUUUGAAGAAAAUGAAGAAUUCAUAGCUGUAGAUUUGCAACAAACUGACAAGUCAAGUCCCAUUAAAGACGUAAUUUUAGAAAAUGAUAAAAUUUAUGUCGAAAACGCUACUGCUAUAAAAACGGAACCGGUAACAGAUAGUAAAAGCGAAGAAAAUGAUGCAGAUAAACUGAAAUCAUUUGUGGAACCAGUUAGAAUUGAUAAUAACAAUGUUGGAACCCAACCUGAUGAAAUUGUUACAAAAACACAGCAUUCCAAUGUAAUUGAAAACAUUAAAGAUGGUAAUGUUGUUCUUGAUCAUGAGUCCCAGAUAAAUACUAUAGGAAACGGUGAAAAGAAAUUGGAAACUGAUGAUAAUAAAAAGGAAACGGAUUCAGAUUCUCAGGAAACUAACCAGUUCGAAAUUUCUUUUAAAGAAUCCCCUACAGUAGAGCUUCAGGAUUCACAAGUAAGUUCUGAUGUUAUGGAAUCAUUAUUGGAUUCAAAUACUGAUAAUGAAAUCAUGACACUUGUUGUACAAGAAUCCGGUAAUGGCGACCUAGAGGAAGUUAACGGUUUUAAUGAAAUAAGUGCCCUUAAUUCGAAUAUACAUACUGAUUCACCCCAAUCGAAUAAAGUUGAAUCAGGACAAGAUUCUGAAAAUGAAAAGCUUCAGGAGAAUCACCGUGAAAAUCUAAUUGACAAUGCUAUUGAGGAUAAUGAUAAGAAUACUGAACAUAUAGAAAAUAAUGACAUUCGCAACAACGAUCUUGGGACAUUAAAAUUAAGUGAAGCGACUCCUUCUAGUAACAACCAAGAUAAUAUGGAUUUAGAAACUGCUGCAGUAACUAUACAAAAAGUUUUUCGAUCAUUCCUUUUUAAGAGCAGAACGUCUACAAUGGAUGAAACCGUCCACGAUGAAACAAUGUACUCGAAUGAUGAUGAGAAAAAUAAGGAGGAAUGUGAUUUUACCAUUCCAGGUCCUCUAAACGAAAGAAGACCACACAUCACAAGAAUGGAUACAGUUCUCCAAACUGUCAACGAGGAAAAGUCGCUUUCUUUAUCCGAUGAUUCCUCUACGUUAUCGAGUGCCGCAACUAUUAUUCAAGCCCACGUUAGAGGCUUUUUGGUUAGAAAUAAACUUAACUCAAAUAAAACUAUUUCUACUAAUUCCCAACACACUAGUUAUUCCAAUGAACCUUCACUUACAUCUCUAGAAAUGGACAAUGAACAAAAUAAGAAUAAAACUGUCUUAAACAUACAUAUUGUUCCCGAAGGUGGGAAUUAUUUAAGCCGUGAUGAGAGUUUAAUCACUUCAAUGGAUUUAUCUUUAGACGGCAGUCCACCAUCGUCCAUUAAUUUACAUCCUUUGGGUUAUGAUAAAAGUGAAAGACGUAAGCAAUUGAAGAGAGAAGAUGCUAUUCAAUCCAUUUCUCCACCAAGUAACAAUAGUGGAAAAUUAAGCGAGGAUGUGGAUUCCGUGAAAGAGCUUAAUGAUUCUGAAACUGUAGAACAUGUAGAAAAUCUGGUAGAAAAUAACAAAACCAUUAAAGAUAUUUUGAACGAUGACAUGGCACAGAACAACAAUAAAAGUAAUGUAGUCGAACACGUAGCCCCAGAAAAUAUCUCCACUGAUGAUGUGGAAACAUGCGUGCAGCAAAAUAAAUCUUUGGAUACUGUUAAUUCUGAUGAAUUGGAUGUUGUCACUCCAUUUGAAUCUAGUGAAGAUAACAAUCCCUCGGAACAUAAACUAAUUCACUCUGGAGAGUUCCACGACGCUGUGCUUCCUACUAAUCCUACUAAGGUGUCCCGCAGUGACACAACAGUCGCCAGUGAAUUCAAGAAUGUCCUGGUGUAUUUCUUACUUUGGAAUCAUUCAUAACAUAAGAUAUUAAGUGUACAUACCUAAUUAUAUUAAUCAAAUUGUUUAUAAUAUUAAAUAAAACAUGUUCAAUUUUAAUAUUGUUUUAUGCUAAAUCAUACAUACAUAACUUCACGCCUGUCUCCCAUGGGGGGUAGGCAUUCCUACAUACCUCUUUCGCUGAAUCAUAUACCUAAAUCUCUCUCUGUUUUAGCCAACAAGUAGAUAUAAACUCAUAAGAGUAUGUUUGGCACACAUAUAUUUAAUAUAGUAUAGGGACAGAACAAUGCAGUGUAGUGUAGUGCAGAGAAAGACUUCAGGAUUUUUUUCUAUAGGAACAAUCGGAUUUACCUAAUACAGAUUAAUAUUAUAAAUUGACUGUCUGCAAUCUGCAAAUGCGAUUACCAAGAAAAGGGUCUCGGCUUUACCCUAUCCAAUGAUUAUUCGUUUUUAUAAAAUUAUAAGGAAGGGUGUGCCAGUAGAUUUUGAGACAUUACUUACUGGAUUUUCAUGCAGACUAGGACAAGAGCUGAAAAUUUUAUAAAUCAUAGCUUAUUUCCGGCGAAGAUCAUUCCCACGCUAGCCACAUAAAUAAAAUUAUACAUCUAGGUGACUAAGAAGAAGCUUUUAUUAAGUUUUAGCUAGGAUCUAUAAAUUUUGAAAUAUUGUUAUUGUUUAGAAUUCGUUAAAAUAUUAUGUUCGAGAUUUCCUAUAGGGGCCCGUUCCCUGUUCGUAGCGUAAAAUUCAUAGACAAUAUUUAUGGUCCACUUGGUAUGAUCUCUACUCUUAUUGUUUAUGCCAUACCCCAAACAUUGACAAAUGUUGUCAUUGUCAACUUGUCAAGCGUCUCUGGAUGUUAAUGUCAUUCACACAAGUCUAAUUCGUUCGUUGGACAAAAAUAUUUAUUUUUUAAUCAAUGUGGUGAAUGGUGAUAUUAAUCUGAAGUCGUAUCGUAUAAACGGUGUGUUUGGUGAUUAUUGAUUAUGCUUAUUCGUUUCGUUUAUAAGUGUUGAUAAAAACGUUAAAUUGGAGCCUUACUACUGACUGAUUCCUUGCAUAACAUUUGAAGCUUUCUUCGCCGUAUUUUUAUUCAAUAAUUGGUAACGAUGCCUCUCCCACCGGCAUUAGCUGCGCGACUGGCUAAGCGAGGUAUAUUGAAAGCAACCCCUGAACCAGUACAGAACGCUGAAGUUCCUCAGACUCAAACCAAUGAAGAGAUCAUAGCGGAAGAUUAUGAUAGUAAACUUGACGAUCGCGCUAAGGAACAUUUUUGGGAAGGUAUUGAAGGCGUCAACGUUGAUCCUAUAAAAGGCCAUAAAGGUUGUCCAAAUAAAAGUAAUAUAUACCACGAGUGUUCCAAGUACUGCGUAAAAAGAUGGAAAGCUGGAAAAACAGUUCCUCGCGAGAAUUACUUGGAGUACAAGAAAAAGGCAUUAGAAAUGUGGCCUUUGCCUCCUGGAUGGGAAGAAGUCUACGACGAAGGGUUUGGGCAGCAUUAUUUUUGGAAUGUUCACAAUAAUUUAGUUUGCUGGUUACCCCCUGCUCAUCCACGUGCUGUACCUACCGAGAGUGCUGCACACUUGAGAGAAGAGCGAUUGUUGAAAGAAGGUGAUGAAAGUGACGAUAGCAGCGAAGCUUCUGAUCAAGAAGUACCACAACAGGUGCACAAAGAGAAGAAACAUGAACGGAGGGAGAAGGACAAAGAUUUGGUGCAUCACAGAAAUAAGAGACAAAGGGUUAAGGAUAAUGAUUUAGACCCAAUGGACCCUGCUGCUUAUUCUGAUAUAGCUAGGGGCAGCUGGACUUCUGGACUUGACACGCAUGCUAAGACUGGAGUGGAUUCAACUGCGACUGGCUCUUUGUACCAAAUGAGACCUUAUCCUGCACCUGGAGCUAUUCUAGCAGCAAAUGCUAAGCAGUCAUCUCCAUCCCCAUAAAGAAAAUGAAUAAAUUACAUACUAAAUUUUUAUUAAUUGUUCUUCAUAAUGAUCACAUCAUGCUUUACGCUUGACUACAAAUGAAGCGUAAAGCAACCAUUUCUGUAUUAGAGUCCAGAAUGUAAUUUAUGAAAAUAAAACAAAUAAUCAUUCAAUAAACAUAUUUAUUACCACAAUAAGAAAAUAUUACUUCUUAUAAUAAUGUUUCUUUCACCUCAUAUGUAUUUGUCUUAAUAAUUUAUCAAAUGCAUUGAUAGUAGCAAAAGUGUUUGUUUGUAUAAUUAUUUAUUCAGAAUUGAAUAUAAAUGAUUCCAGUUUUUACUACUUGAAUAUUACUAAACUUAAUACUGUCUAACUAGAGUAAGUAGCUCAUGAAAAUUGUCUUUUACAUUCAGUUGUUUUGUGCCCAUGUUAUAUUUGGAUGUUGAUUUAAAUGCUGUUCAUCCAAGCUCCAUGCCAAAAGUAUUUACAAUAAUUUACACAUCAACACCAUUCACUGAUUACUUGUAAGUGAUUCUUAGUCCAAUAACUAUUUGUAAAAAUAAAACUUGACACAAGUCUUAAGUUUUAGCUUCCAUUCAUUAUUUUCGAUUCUGUAGAGAUACUCGUCAGCAGAUUCUCUGAGGUGAACACUCCAACCGGGGUCUCGAUGUGUGUAGAUGCGUCUAUGACAGACAAAUUAAAAAAUAUAUUACACAACAAUUUUUAUUAUGAAAUAAAACGCACAAUAAAAGAAAUAAUACGCAGUUUGCUAUCUGCUUAUGAGUAACAUGUAAAAAUAAAUGUAGCCAUUUCAUGAUUGGGUUGGGCUACUUUGAUUUUGCCUCGUCAUUCAAAGGUGGAUAACCAUUGCCACGCUUUAGGAUUAGAUAAAACUACAUGACACACAAGUAUACAUACCAGUUUUAACCACAACUACGUGAGGAGCAAUGUCGAGCAUCCGUGACACUAAUCCUAGUGUGGGCUUGAGAGUGAGAUCCACCUUGUAGAACUUUUUCACUGUAAAUUUUUCGAGACUUUCCGCUAACGAGCCCGACAGAUUAACCAGUCUUUUACGUGCAUUGUCUGCAGUGAACACGCCGAUCACAGACCUAGAAGGAUUAAUAAUAAAUUCAUCAGUAUAAACAUGGAAUAGUCAGCAUCUGUUCUGAAAAACUUGCAAGAUGGGGUUCCUGCUUAGGUAAUUUAGAAAUUGCCGCAAUAACUUUUUUUACCUUACCAGGCUUACAGUGGUUCGAAGCCCACACAAUUUAAACUUAGUUGUAUGACAAACUUCUACCUUUAUUUGGAACCAACUUUGGUGUUUUCAGACAUUAUGAAAUAAUACUAGGUAUUUCUUAUUGAAUUUACACACAAGUCACUUGUAGAAGUAUAUAAAUAUGAUGAGAAUAUUUUUGCUAAACAACCAUGUUAUUAUGGUUCUUGUAAUUGGGAUGGGUUUUCUUUAUUUUUGUGUAUAAAUUGGGUCCUCACUUAUCAGUUGGUCAAUGAAAUAUACUACUAUUAGUGUAUAGAGUGCCACGCACAGACAAAGGAAUAACAUUAGAUAAAUUCAUCUAAUAGCAAAGAAUAACUAGAAAAUUUCAACAUGUUUAUUUUUUGAAUGAUUUUAAAGAUGUCAAAUCUCAAUGUAAAAACAUUGUGCUUGGUAUUUUUUUUGACAGACAUUGUCAAAUAUUAUUUUUCUACACUUUGUCGAAAAUCUACGAAAUAGUUUGAUUAGAAUGUAACAGAAUAUCGAAAUUAUCUCCUCUUACUUUGGAUUAGAACAUCUGAGGAUUAUACUUAAAGCCUCGAACUUGGUGUAAGUUAACCGUUCAAAUAGGAUGUACUAAAUUAUAAUCAUGUCUCCUGACAUAGGGCCUGUUUCUUGUGUGAAUUGCUUUCUUAAAUUCUUACCCUUUAUCAUUGACAACACUCAACACUGGCGCACCGCUCUCCUUGAGAGUGGCGAGCGCGUGCGAGGGCGAGCUGUCAUGCGACACGCUCUUGAUGCUCUGCACCAUAUUCUCCGUCACUGGCUUGCUCCACCAUCUAGACACAAAUGAAAAUUCGAUUUUUUUUUGUUGCAAUAGGAUGGCGUUUGGCCACCAACCACAUGUGUGUAUGUUUCUGAAUUGCUGUAAAAAUAGGUAAGAUACUAGACAAAUUCUUAACAUUUAUCGAUAACUUAUAACAGUUAUAACACACCAGUUAUAAGGCUCAUGUAAUGAGGUUAAUGUCACAGGUACUGCGCUAAUAUGACUGAAUUUCGAAAAUGGGUAAUGCCAAAGAGAAUAUCUGAGAUAAUUGAACUUGAAACUCCAUACUCGGUAGAUGCGCUUGCGGCUAUUUGACAGUAAUUGUAAUUCAGCAAUAUACCUAAAUAAACAAGCAUACAUAUAAAUGUUUGCACGUUGCAAUGCAUAUUAUUUGUAGUGUUAUGAUAAUGACUGGAUCUAACUAGACUAGUAGUCGCAGAGAUGCAUAAACAAUAACAUCUGUUAUUGUUAUUGAAUUGAUAAUGAGAAGCAUGUCAAUCACAAGGCGCAAAUAUGGCAAGACGUUGACAUCAUGACAAUGAAUUCAUGGUUGAAAUCAAUAUUGCAUAAAUAUGCGCAAUAAAAAUCAAGACAGUUGGUAUCACUGUAGCUUGUUCCGCGUAAAGAAAUCGCGUGAUAUUAGAUAACAAAUUAUAUUUUUAUAGAAAAAAAAACAUUGUAAGUAUUGUUACAAUCACAGAAUAGUAGAAAAACCACCAAUAGGCGUACAAUAACAAUACUGAUUUCAUAAGAAUUUUACAACAAAAUUUGAACCUUAUGACCUUUGCACAAGACAUGACUGUUGUCAGCGCGUUAAAAAUAGUGUGCGAAGGCCUUCAAGAUAGCAGAAAACUGAGUGCAGAAAAAUUCAUUGCACUAAUUAUUUUAUUAAAUCGUUAACGUUAUUAGCGAUGACGGCAAAGUACCCCCACUUUAACACUAAUAAACGGGAUUAUGUACCGUUCGAUAGAGGCCAAGAAAUGCCAAGUAGCGCUCUUUGGCAAACCCGAACCUUUUAGACUACGAUCUCCAAAUCGUGUGAUUAUGACCAUUUCAUUUACUUGUACUACAAUAGUGGACUGGACUGUCACGAGUUGUUGAUGAUACAUUUUCUUAAAUCGUUCGAAAAGCUAUCCCUGUUGCAGUUACGCGACUUCCGUACUUAUUUAUCCUGACUAUCCGAGUAGGUACAUACGUAUAGUCAAGGUUACUAGGUAUCUAUGUAAACGUGCGAACACAUUAUUUUUGUUGCUUAUUGUUAUUGAAAUCGUUAUCCUUGUUAUCGCGAACAUGUGCCAAAGUGCUCUUAUUAAGACGAUGACAUCUUGACACUGUGACCAUAAUUUUGCAAUUACAUGUUGACAUUAAGCAGAGAUUACGUUUAUAAUGGCGUAAUUUUCAUGAAAUUGAUUAUUACUUAUCUAUGAGGAAGGUCAACAUUAGUAUUUUUAUUGUUAGCCUUUGAUAAGGUAUUUUGUUGUCACUUGGUAAUUAGCAAGCUUAUUUUUUUUCUCUCAUAUACAUACCUAGCUCAUGUUCGAAAAGCGGUUUACAAUUUUUUGUUUAAGUUCCUAAUAUUAAUGUAAUGUAUGUAAUCUUGUAAUAUUAUCAGUUUAGGUAUCUAAUCUAUACAAAUACUUCAUUUUGUCAUUACUCUGAUAAAUUGCUAUUGUCAACAAAAUUUUUCAACGGAAAAAAAGUGAAAAAGUUAUGAAAUGAUCAAAAACUAGAUGACUACAACUAGGCUCAGUUAUCGUUUGGUCUGGUUUCAGUUUGGUCGAAAAGUUCAAUACAUAAUUAUUACAACUCGUUUACUGGAGUUGCGUAACGAAUAUUUUUGGCAAGCUACAAAGCGCGUGUAACUUACGAAACUAAAUUCUAAAUUCAGUAAUUAAUGCAGAGCCACGUAUAUGGAGAAAUACUCACGGAAGGUGUUCUUUCACGACUAAAGGCUGGAAGUUCCUGGCCUCCAUCCACUGGUCAGAUAUGAACUUGGUCAUGUAGUUGCGAAUGUUGUCGGGAAGAAGCACUACACACUUCUGGCCUUCUUUCAACGACCUAGCUGCCUGGAUAGCACCCCACAUCGCCGAACCACUGCUUCCACCUGGAAUUUUAUCAAGCAUUCGUGUUCAAAGAUCGACAUAAAGAGUUUAUUUGUAAAUUAAGUAGGUUUAUAACAUAAAGAAAACUAUCAUGCCUAUUACCCGAAAGGGUAGGCAGAGGUGCACAGUAUGGCACUUAAUGCCAUUAUACAAUUUAACACCCACUUUUCACUAUUUAAAUUAAGAGUCCGAUGUAAUAGGGGGUGAGCCUAUUGCACUAUACCGGGCACAAUUCCAGGCUCCGUGCUACUUCUUAGAAUUUUUAUAAAAAACCCAGUAGUACUUUGCCCGACCCGGGAAUCCAACCCGAAUUACCUAGCAGUCGCACUUGCGACCACUCUGUGCCACGGCGAGGCAGUCAUAGACAUAAAAGAGUUUGUUGUGUAAAUCAAGUAGGUUUACAUUAUUGAAAUUCUCGAUUUGGAGUAUAUCAUAUAUGGAGCUGUGUUCCACAGCUCUAUCAUUUCAUGUUGGAUAAUAUGCCGAUAAAUAUAAUAGCAAGUUUUUAAAAGAUUUUUGUUUUUGUAAGACGGGCGAACUCUUGACCACGCCCACCUAGUAUAAACUGGUUCACUCUCGAUCUCGAUUGUCAUGCUACCUCUAUAGAUUUGUUUUUCCCUUCAGAAAAUUAGAAGAUUGUACGAAUUUUUUUCCUAUGAAUUAUAUAGUGAUUAGUUGCUCAAUAAUUUUCAAACGUAGGGCAACUUACCGCAAAGUAAUCCCUCAUCUUUGAUAAGUCUUCGGGCCAUUUCCAAGGAGGCGUGGUCUUCUGAUUUGAUCCAUUUGUCAAUCACACCUCUAUCGAGUGAGGCCGGAAGGAAGUCGUAACCGAUGCCUUCCACCU